AUGUACAAGUUCACCAAUCGGCUGUUCGUCUUCGCCCUGUUGCUUCUGGCGCUGGGUGGUAGUCUAGCCCAACCCGCUAGUGGAAGGAGGAACGUGGUCAGCGACCUGCUGGAGGUAUUGUACGAAGACUACAACGACAACGAUUUCCAGCGGGAGGAUGUGUUCUACGAUCAGCGGCAAAAGGGUGCGGAAAACCUUCAGCUGAGUGUGGAUGGAGUUGUCAUCGAAAUGGCUCCCCAAAUGGUCUCUAGCUGGCUUUACUUAAUGGCCGAAUACCACUUGAGGAAAAUGAUGCUACUAACUACCCCCGAGCCAGAUAUCAACGAGUUAUUCGAAGAUGAUCCUUUCACAGAGACGGCGGAGUCUGCUGCCAGUGAGAGCUCCACAAAACUCCCAGAACACGCCAAUAGUGAUCUAGAAAGUAGACAGUAACACAUUGUAUCGCCACAGAACUCCAGUCGGUGACAGCAGCCGGGGAUGCGUAGUACGACGCAUGUACGUGUUUUGCCUGUUAGCCACCUGGUGGUCAAUGGGCGAGAACAAACCAUUUCCUUGUUAGCUAUUUGACGUGAAAUUCGAGCCCGAAAUCCACUGUGCCAGGGCGGUGAGAACCGCGCGGCCGCUACCCGCCCACCCCGCCUAACGGCUGGCCAAUAUCAAUAAACAGAGACGGACGCCCGGACGACAGCUACCAAGUCACGCAGUCGAAAUGGGCACGGCCAAACAAAAAGAGACGGGCCACUAAGUAAGUGGCAUAAAUAAAAGCCAAAACCAGAACGAGAAUCGAGCAUCCAGAAGAGAGAAGAAAGCCGCAGCAGCAGAAGAGUUACACGCAGAAAAAAGAUCCAAAGAC